AUGAGUAUGCAAAAUCAACUCCCAGUUAUUCAUAACCCAUUAGUUAUACCUGAAAUUCUUGAAAAUAUAUUCAGAUACCUUCCUACAAUGGCAUUGGUUAGAGUAACCCAUGUUAGUAAACUAUGGAGAUUAGAGGCCAGAAAUAAACUUUAUCAAAAUCAGAAUGAAAUUAUAUAUGAUUUCCAUAAGUGGUUCUUGAACACAUUCAGGCUUAAGGAUACG